UGUAAUCGUUGACCGGCUCCCACCCUGCCGUGUUCAGCCAAUCUCAGCGAUCUGAAGAUGGGCAGCCGUCACUUGUAGCCUCACCGCUUGUCUGGCUGCUGCCUCGUUCGACAAUGCGCCGUAAAAUGAAACACGGGAGAGUUAUAGCACCUGGGAUGAACCUGGUGAUAUCUGUUUUUCCCCAGUGCCACGCUCAAUCCUGCGGGAUAGGUUUCACGUUCAUCCGACUGCAGGGCCCACUGGAAGACGGUUGGGAGACGGUCAUCAUGUGUACCCGUCACCCAGUCUUCUCUGCUCUCCGAGGAUGCAACUCAGCCACCCAAAGACUCGCUCUACUCUUGCUGUGUGCCAGCUUGGCGGGCAACGCUUCCGUCAUCUGUCCUUCAGUCUGCAUCUGUGCCAGCGAUAUCAUUACUUGCACCAAUAAGAAUCUGACCACUGUGCCAAGGAUCCUGUAUAAAGUUGCGACCAGUUUGGAUGUUAGCUACAACAGUAUCAGACUACUUGGUUCUAACUGGACUCCAACCAUACUGGACAGACUCAGAACGCUGAUUCUCAAUCACAACAGUAUAGGCUUCCUCUCCAAGAGGGCAUUUUGGUCUACUCCUGAACUCAAGUAUCUGGAUCUGUCCUCCAACAAGUUAAAAAGUUUGAGCAACUCAUCGUUUCAAGGACUGAAUUCCCUGGAGAUUCUGCUUCUUUACAAUAAUCAGGUCGCCCAAGUCAGCAGCGGAGCUUUCGAGGGUUUGUACAAGCUUCAUAAACUGUAUCUCAGUCGGAAUCUGAUCUCCCGCUUCCCAAUGCAACUCUUUAAAGGCAGGUCUAGACUUCCGCUUCUGGAACUGGUCGAUCUCUCUUUCAAUAAAUUGACGUCUGUACCUGCCCUGCAGUUAAGUGCUCUACCCGUAAAGAUGCAGAGUGGUUUGUAUCUGCAUGCCAACCCAUUUACUUGCGAUUGCUCCUUCUACACCAUGGUCACCUACUGGUAUAAAAGGCAGUUUAGGUCGGCGGUGGAUUUUAGGGAAGAUUAUAGAUGUUAUUUUCAGCUGGACGCCAAGAGAAGUGUCAGUGUUUUACUGAUCCACGAUGAUCUAUUGAAUUGCUCUAACAGUGCCGUGAAUGGCUCUUUCCACGCUUUGGGCAUGCUCUAUGAGGCCUAUCUGGGGGAUCGAGUAGUAAUAAACUGUGACAGCAAGAUUCUGGACAGCAACACCAACGUCCUAUGGGUCACGCCCGAGAAUGAAACAUUGCAGACUGGCAUUCAAAGGCAGAGUCUGGGGGUGUUAUUGAACGGAAGCCUCGAAAUUCAAGAUGUCCGGGUCGAAGAUGCAGGGGUCUACUCCUGUAUCGCAAUUAACAAUAGACGCAUGCUAAACGAGACCAUCGAGGUAACACUGAAAGUGCACAAUUUCACACACACCAAGCACCGUUCACACACCUUUAACACGGCUUUUACCACUCUCGCUGCCUGCCUCGCCAGCAUCAUUUUAGUCUUGAUCUAUCUUUACUUGACACCUUGCCGCUGCUGGUGCAAAUCUAAGCAAAGGCACCGGAAACCGAACGAAAGCAGCGUACACUCCUCCAUUCUGAGCGACACUCCUCCUCACGAGGCGGGCGCUGAGAGGAAGGUCAGCGCGGGCAAGCGAGUGGUCUUUCUGGAGCCCGUCAAAGAGCCAUUGAGGGGGCAGAACGGGAAAGUGAAGCUGCUCCCUACCAGCCACACUGUGGCCGAGAAGAUCCUGAGACACAACAGAGGAAAGGCGGAUGUCGACUCCAUCAGCUCCGUGUUCUCCGAUAAUCUCAUCGUGGCUUGAUCCAAACGCUGUUGAUGCGCCUAAGCGAUAAUCUAGGUUGCUGCCCACCGGACACCUGAGAUGACUCGUAAACCAAUAGUGUUGGGAUAUCCGGCAAAUCUCCCUGCCUGUGGAAAGGUUAAAGCAGGAGAGCUGAGAAAUGCCUCUGCUCUGAAUGUUAACAGGGUCCUGUCGGCUUGCGGAGGAGUUUUUCAAACUAGUUCCAUGUCUGGAAUGAUGCGAGAUCCAGAGGAGGAAAAAUGCACUUCCAGUCACUGGAUUCUGCAUUUAGUCCAUUAGUUUGGCACCAGUAAUAUCCAAAUUAAACCAACGUUGAGCCCUGUGAUCGCCUUAGAGGCAGUGAUCAUGCCACGUGCUUGCAAGUAUAAGGUUCAUCUGAAAUUGGCCAUCUCAAAGUAUGCUUAGAGACAUUUCGCUAAAUCCUUAGAAUUCAAGAGCAAAGUAACGCCUCUUUACUGAUGUUUAUCUGCACUGAUAUGCAACGCUAAAUUUAAUGACCAAUGAAGCUAUGUAAAAUAAUUCAUUGCUGCCGCGCACUUUGCCCCCUUACAUUUUUUCCAUAGGCCUCAUACACGAGUUACAUUUUAGAUCAAUUGUUGCUCUAGUCAAUUUGUUGAAGACUUGCACAGAUGUAUUUCAACAUCGACUUCCAGCCUAUAUUUAUAUUGCAAAUUAAAGUUUUAUAUAUUGCAUUACAAUUCCUGCUCAUAUUACUAACCUAUACAUUUGUUGGCAAUUCAUGAUUUAAUUCAUUCCCAUUUACCAAGUUUCCACCUAAAGCUUUAGAACUGACAGAUUUAGCAAAGUCUGUUCGAAACUUCGUGCCCAGCGACUUUAGUAAGAUUUAAGGAGUACUGGCAUUAGUAGAAAGAGUUCUCCAACAAGGACAUCGAUGGUUAAGCAUUGAAGGGAUUUUCCAUUCAAUGACACAGUAAAUACAUCACUAAAAUAAUGGAAUCACGGUUGAUUAAUGCCAUCUUAAAUAUUAGUUUUCUCAGAUACUGGUAUCUGGCAUUGCCAAUGGGAAUGUCAGCUUUCUCAGUUUAUAUUCAGCGACGGGAACUGUCCAGCAAGGGGUUAAAAAGAAGUUUCACGCAGCUGUUCAUUUCGUCUUGCUCAGGCAUACUUAGUUAUUCUCCUAACUAAGAAGCAGCUGUUAUGACACCAGGUACAGGUAGUUCUGUCUAACUUAAGAUGUGAGGGUAAUUACCUAACUAAACUCCGUAACGCAAAUGAAAUGCAAUUAUCAGUUAUUUCAUGAAACACUUUAAAAUAACUAAUCACCUUUUAAAAGAAAUCUAUUCCAAACGUAAGUAUGUAUAGGUAGGAACUAAAGUGCUUACUUUGAAUGUGAAAUUGUUUAAUUAUUAGUUUGUACUGAUGUAUUUUAGAGAAAAAAGUAAGUCUGUAAAUGCAGUAUUUUGUAGUAUCAAUUUACUGUAGGAGAUAUAUAUCUUUGUUACCAUAAUCUUUGAAACUUUAUUGUAAAAUGUAUAUGAUUCCCUUUCAUGUCUAUUGUCUUAGUUUGUAAAAUGCAGUUAUCAAAGGUGUAAAUUUGAAACAGACAAAUGUUAGAACUACAAAAUCAGACAAGACUAUUUAUAGGAGCUUCUCCGCAACUCUCACAAAAUGCUGGAGGUACUCAGCAGG